CGUUCAGCUCGCUGUCAACAAGUUUAAGAAUCGAUGAUCAAAACGCAAACUGUUGUGAACGUGUUUGCAUCUGGUGAACGCAACUGUCAACUUAGAUCUCUGACGUAUAACGGUAUUUAUACUGUACGGACUAUACAUAAACAUAGAUUGGUGCCAUCAGUCGGCCAUAUUGAAAAAUUUGACAGAUCAUGGAAAUGUCUUUUGUUUUGAUUUUGAGUUCUAGAGUUUUGAAUUGGUUUUGGUUUUGAAACAUAAUAAAAUCAAGUUUUAAUAAAAUGGAAGUGAAACAAGAAUUUAAUGAGGAGACGUGCAAACUAGUAAUAGAGUAUAAUGACUUAGAUGAUGCUCUUCUAGGUGACUUUAAAUAUGAAAUUGAAGAGGAAUCGAAUAGCCAAAGUACACGUGGCACAUUUGAUUAUUUAGACUUGGAAAUUCCUACAAAUACUGAAAGACACCAAGAUAGAAAUAAACUAAACCCGUUUGGAGAAAACCAACAAACUGAAAAAGGUUUUACUCAGGAGGAGAAUAAAAUGAAAAUGAAGGAAACAUUUUGUGAACACUCAUCCCGUAAACAACACUAUACGAGUCGACGCGCCAGAGGAAAAACUGGAAAUAAAAAUAUAAAAGUUCAGACUGGACAGGGAGCUUACAAAUGUGAAAUUUGUUUUAAAAAUUUUUCGAAACCACAUCAAUUGAAACAACAUUUAAUAACGCACAGUGGAGAAAAACUUCACAAGUGUGACAUUUGUUUUACGCAGUUUAGUGGCGGGAAUGAUUUGAAAAGACAUUUGAGAGUACACACUGGAGAAACACCUCACAAGUGUGAAAUCUGUUUUAAGCAGUUUAGUCAAGUAGGUAAUUUAAAAACACAUUUGAGAGUACACACUGGAGAAAAACCUCACAAGUGUGAAAUCUGUUUUGAGCAGUUUAGUCAAGCAGGUACUUUAAAAAUACAUUUGAGAGUGCACACUGGAAAAAAACCUCACAAGUGUGAAAUCUGUUUUGAGCAGUUUAGUCAAGCAGGUACUUUAAAAAAACAUUUGACAGUGCACACUGGAAAAAAACCUCACAAGUGUGAAAUCUGUUUUCAACACUUUAGUCAUACAGAUAAUUUGAAAAAACAUUUAAGAGUACACACUGGAGAAAAACCUCACAAGUGUGAAAUCUGUUAUAAGCAGUUUAGUCAAGCAUGUAAUUUAAAAACACAUUCGAGAGUACACACUGGAGAAAAACCUCACAAGUGUGAAAUCUGUUUUAAGCAAUUUACUCGAGUGUAUGAUUUGAAACAGCAUUUGAGAGUACACACUGGAGAAAAACCUCACAGGUGUGAAAUAUGUUUUCAGCAGUUUAGUCAUACACUUAGUUUGAAAAACCAUUUGAGAGUACACACUGGAGAAAAGCCUCACAAGUGUGAAAUCUGUUUUAAGCGGUUUAGUCAAGCAGGUCAUUUGAAAGAACAUUUGAGAGUGCAUACUGGAGAAAAACCUCACAAGUGUGAAAUCUGUUUUCAACACUUUAGUCAUACAGGUACUUUGAAAGAACAUUUGAGAGUACACACUGGAGAAAAACCUCACAAGUGUGAAAUCUGUUUUAAGCAGUUUAGUCAAGCAGGUAAUUUAAAAACACAUUUGAGAGUACACACUGGAGAAAAACCUCACAAGUGUGAAAUCUGUUUUAAGCAAUUUACUCGAGUAUAUGAUUUGAAAGAGCAUUUGAGAGUACACACUGGAGAAAAGCUUCACAAGUGUGAAAUCUGUUUUAAGCAGUUUAGAAAUUCAAGUAAUUUAAAAACACAUUUAAGAGUGCACACUGGAGAAAAACCUCACAAGUGUGAAAAUUGUUUUCAGCAGUUUACUCAUACACUUAGUUUGAAAAACCAUUUGAGAGUACACACUGGAGAAAAGCCUCAUAGUGUGAAAUCUGUUUUAAGCGGUUUAGUCAAGCAGGUCAUUUGAAAGAACAUUUGAGAGUGCACACUGGAGAAAAACCUCACAAGUGUGAAUUUGUUAUAAGCAGUUUAUAACAGCAGGUGCGUUGUAAGUACAUUCGAGAGUAACACACUGGAGAAAAACCUCACAAGUGUCAAAUUUGUUUUAAGCAGUUUACUACGGCAAGUGAGUUGAAAGUACAUUUGAGAGUGCACACUGGAGAGAAACCUCACAAGUGUGAAAUCUGUUUUAAGCAGUUUAGUCAAGCACAUCAUUUGAAAGGACAUUUGAGAGUACACACUGAAGAAAAACCUCGCAAGUGUGAAAUCUGUUUUAAACAGUUUAGUGCUGCAAGUAAUUUAAAAACACAUUUGAGAGUGCACACUGGAAAAAAAUCUUAGCGAAAUUAGAUUUUUUUAAUUAGUUUACUAUUCGCUCCGAGCGUGAACAAAGUGUCGAAGCAAAAUCGACCGACCUGCUGAUGGUGGCGGUUUUUUGAAAUUUUGUAAAUAGGACGCUUUGUGUAUGUGUAAAAAAAUGCCGUGUCACGCUAGUGAUAUUAUGUAUUAAUAUAAACAGAAAAUAAAAACGCACUUAAUCUGAUAUAAAUUCUUCACUUUUCAAUAUUGAUUAUCAGUUUGAUUAUGUAUACAUACUUUAUUAACGAAAAGGAAAAUAUUUUUGUUGCAUUAUAAAUUAAUAACUAAUGAAUUCUCACAACUGUAUUCGGUUAUUAUCACUACAAAAUAAAACAUUCAAGUUUAACAAAAUAAUCCCAUUAGACUCAAUGUUAAAACGUCCUUACAAAAUCUGACAGCGUGUCACGUGACUGUAAGUAGAGGGGAGACGCACGGAGCGAAUAAUAACUGAUUAAAACAAUCAUUUGAGAUUAUUUGCGGAAGUAGUAAUUAGUGGAAACUAUGGAAUAUUUUUUAAUUUUAGAAUAUAUUUUCAAAAAAUAUUUUUGUAGCUUAAGGCCCGGUCUUUUCACCUCCGGAUAAAUAGUUAACGGGAAGUUUAUCUGACAGAUAAAAAAAGUAGCGUCUUUUCACUCUGGAAUAAAGUUAUCCGGCAGAUAAAUUGACGUUAAAUAUCAAAUAUUUAACUGCCGAAUAAAGUACCGAAUAAGAAGUUAUCUGGCAGAUAAACUUUGAUUUUCGUAUAUUUCAUGGUUUCUGAUUACCAGGAAACUAAAAAUAUAACCUAAAAUCUUGAGGGUCUGAUUGAAUUUAUUGCAAAAGUAAAAUUUUGUUCUUUCUAAAAAUUCUCAAUCACAAAUUUUAUGUUAUUUUGUUUUUAUACAUACCUACCUACUGUAAUUUUUUAAGCAGAGUUAUUAGAUAUUAAAUUAAAGAUGGGUUAUAAUUUGAAAAAAUUAUAAUAGGUAGGUAUGUAUUAUUGUAUACCUACCCAACUAUAUUCAUUUACAAAGGAAAACAAGUUGUAAAAAAUAAAAAUAGAAUAGUUUCUUAUCCCAUCAUUUCUUUGAAUUGCCAAAUAUUUUACGAUUCCAAAAUGAAAGGUAUUGAUAUAUGUAGGUAGUAACUAGAAUUAUGUAUGCACAUGGUUCUCAGAAACAGUAGAUGAUACCUACCUUGAAAAAAAAGCUGCUGUUAAGUAUCCAAAACAUACUGGGUGUAUCAUGAAAUUCUAAAAAAAUAGAAUAUAGGAAGACUGAUUUUAUAUUCUGAGAAUUUCGUAAUACUCCCCGGAUAUGUUUUAAAUAGGUACCUUCUUACUAAUAUUUUUUUGUGCCAAAUAUAAGUAAUUCUGUAUUAUUGCUGUUUAAAUUCAGAUCAUAGCAAUGGGUUGUUACUUUUUUAAUGAGUCCGCAAAUACAUCCCUUUUUGUAUAUAGCAGAAAACAAAAUGAUUACAUUGAUUCAGUUGUCCUACACUGAAGCAAUAUAUUUAUAACAUAGAGAGAGAUGAAAAUGAAGACAAUUUUGAAAAUGAAUUGCUAAGUAUAGACCAGGAAUAAGCUAAAUUAUUGAAUUUACUGAAGUUAUGAUGUUUGAUAACCUUAUAAAAAUUUUUGUGUUAAGCUUGUCACGCACGGGGAACUAUACUAAAAUAUAUCUCAUAUCACUCACUAUAGUAAUGAGUGAGGCUGCAUACACGGAACUAUACCUAAUGUAUAUUAUGGUUCCGUUUAUGCAGGCUCACUCAUUAUUAUAGUGAGCAAUAUGAGAUGUAAUAUAUCUAUUAUAGUAUACCUCCUGGUCAGUAACAAGCUUUAUGGGGAAAUAGAAGGAUCAUUAAUAUACAUGUAUAAUUUUUUAUUCUUUAUUUAAUUGUCCUUUGUAUAAUUUAAUUAUUAAAUUUAAUAAAUCAAUGAAUUUUUGUGUC